AAUAACAACACAUGGGGGUGGGGGGCUCGGGCCUUGCAGCCGCGGUCCACAAAGACAAUUAUCUCGCUGUCUGCCGACUGCCGGUGUCAGCUUCCUCCGGAUCAAGAAGCGGCAGGUAGAGCAGAGAAGCCAGCUAGCUAGCGAGCUGAGGAGAGAUGGAAGCGCAGAACGGCUACAGCCCGCUUCUUGCCGGGGACGACCACGAGGCGAUCCACGCCACCGGCGCCGGUGAUGAAGGCGACGACGUCAAGCUCAGGCUGCUCGGAUACAAGCAGCAGCUCAAGCGCGACCUCUCGGUGGUAGCCAACUUCUCCGUGAGCUUCUCCAUCGUGUCGGUGGUAACGGGCGUGACGACGCUGUUCGGGACGGGCCUCCAGUUCGGCGGGCCGGCGACGAUGGUGUACGGCUGGCCCAUCGCCGGCGCCUUCACCGCGGCCGUGGGCCUCGCCAUGGCCGAGAUCUGCUCCGCCUACCCCACCUCCGGCGGCCUCUACUUCUGGAGCGCCAGGCUCUGCACCCACCGCCGCUGGGGACCCUUCGCCGCCUGGCUCACCGGCUGGUUCAAUGUUGUCGGACAGUGGGCGGUGACCACCAGCGUGGACUACUCCCUGGCGCAGCUGAUCCAGGUGAUCAUCCUGCUCGCCACCGGCGGCAAGAACGGCGGCGGCUACCUGGCGUCCAAGUACAUGGUGAUCGGCUUCCACGCCGCCAUCCUGCUCAGCCACGCCGUCAUCAACAGCCUCCCCAUCACCUUCCUCUCCUUUUUCGGCCAGUUCGCCGCGGCCUGGAACAUGCUAGGUGUGUUUGUCCUGAUGGUUGCCGUGCCGACCGUUGCCACCGAGAGGGCCAGCGCCGAGUUCGUGUUCACCCACUUCAACACCGACAACGGCGCCGGCAUCCGCAGCAACUUGUACAUCUUUGUCCUGGGCCUGCUCAUGAGCCAGUACACGCUCACAGGAUACGACGCCUCGGCGCAUAUGACCGAAGAGACGAAGAACGCGGACAAGAACGGCCCCAUCGGCAUCAUCAGCGCCAUCGGCAUCUCCAUCCUCGUGGGCUGGGGCUACAUCCUCGGCGUCACCUUCGCGGUCAAGGACAUACCCUACCUGCUGAGCCCCGACAACGACGCCGGCGGCUACGCCAUCGCCGAGGUGUUCUACCUCGCCUUCAAGAGCCGCUACGGCAGCGGCGCCGGCGGGAUCGUCUGCCUGGGGGUCGUCGCCGUCGCCGUCUACUUCUGCGGCAUGAGCUCCGUCACCAGCAACUCCAGGAUGGCCUACGCCUUCUCCAGGGACGGCGCCAUGCCCUUCUCCUCCGUCUGGCACAAGGUCAACAAGCAGGAGGUGCCCAUCAACGCCGUCUGGCUCUCGGCUCUCGUCGCGCUCUGCAUGGCGCUGCCGUCUCUGGGAAGCCUGGUGGCGUUCCAGGCCAUGGUUUCCAUCGCGACGAUCGGGCUGUACAUCUCGUACGCGCUGCCGAUCCUGUUCCGGGUGACGCUGGCGCGCAAGUACUUCGUGCCGGGGCCAUUCAACCUGGGCCGCUACGGCGUCCUGGUCGGCUGGGUCGCCGUGCUCUGGGUGGCCACCAUCACCGUGCUCUUCUCGCUGCCGGUCACGUACCCGGUCACCAAGGACACGCUCAACUACACCCCCGUCGCCGUCGGCGGCCUCCUCUUCCUCGUCCUCGCGUCCUGGCUGCUCAGCGCCAGGCACUGGUUCAAGGGCCCCGUCACCAAUCUGGACGGAUGAAUAUGUAUAAUUGGACAUGUAUAGUAGAGAGGCUGGCAGAGACGGAAGAGUUGUUGCCAACGACAUGUUGUAACUACUUUGUUCCAAAAAUUAACUAGCAAGGAAACCGACAGGAUGAAUUUUCUCGAUCGUGAAAUGCAUCAGCAUGUCGAUUGCGAGCACCAUGUUUUGGGUGA